AUUGAGAAAGCAUUAAGGAAACAAGUAAUUUAUGGUCACGCGGUUGAAGCGUAAAUUCUCAGAAUCAUGAACUUUACAUGCAUCAUAUAUAUACCCAUCACCUCCUUGAUGUGUUUUACUCUGUGGGUUUCUAUUGUGACCCAUCUGUAUUUAGUCGUCACAAAGAAGAAGAAGAAGAAGAAGAAGAAGAAGAAGAAGAAGAAGAAGAAGAAGACAGAGUUCUUCUUUUUGCUUUUCCAUUCAUUCUUUAUUCUUUGCCAUUGAUCGAAACUGGUCUUGCUCAUUCUUUUCUAUUCAUAAUAAUGGGAGUUUCUAAGUCAGACUUGAUUUGCUUUGGUCUGGUUUUGGUUUUCUUGAGCGGCUGUUGUCUGGUAAAAGCAGAGGACCCUUACAAAUACUUCACAUGGGUGGUUACUUAUGGAACUGCUGCUCCUCUAAAUGUCUCCCAACAGGUCAUUCUUAUCAAUGGUCAAUUCCCUGGACCUCAAAUUGAUACUGUUACAAAUGAUAAUAUAGUCAUCAAUGUCAUUAACAAUCUGGAUCAACCUUUUCUCUUGACAUGGAAUGGAAUUAAGCAGAGAAAGAAUUCAUGGCAAGAUGGGGUUUUGGGUACUAAUUGCCCUAUACCUCCAAAUUCAAACUACACUUACAAAUUUCAAACCAAGGAUCAGAUUGGAACCUACACGUACUUCCCUUCGACGUUAAUGCACAAAGCAGCUGGAGGAUUCGGGGGAUUGAAUGUGUAUGCAAGAUCUGUGAUUCCUGUACCUUAUGCCAGACCUGCUAAUGAUUUCACUUUACUCAUUGGUGAUUGGUAUAAGGCCAACCACAUGAUGCUGCAGAGUAGAUUAGAUUCAGGUGAAUCACUUGGCCUUCCCGAUGGACUCCUGAUAAAUGGGAAGAAUUCUUCAACCUUCACAGGGAACCAAGGGAAGACAUAUAUGUUCAGAAUUUCAAAUGUUGGCCUAUCAGCAUCGUUUAACUUCAGGAUUCAGAAUCAUAUGAUGAAGCUAGUUGAGGUUGAAGGAUCUCAUGUUAUUCAGAAUUCGUACAAUUCUCUGGACGUGCAUGCUGGCCAAUCUUUUGCUGUUCUAGUAACUCUAGAUCAAGCUCCUAAAGAUUACUACAUUGUUGCAUCUACACGUUUCACAAAUGAGGUCCAUACAUCAACCGCGAUCUUGCAUUACUCAGACUCCAAAGUUCCCGUUUCUGGGCCUCUUCCUGAUCUUCCAUCUGACUUUCAAUUUCAACAGUCAUUACAGCAAGCAAGAACCUUCAGGUGGAAUUUGACAUCAAAUGCAGCAAGGCCUAAUCCUCAAGGCUCGUAUCAUUACGGAAGUAUCCCAAUUACAAAGAGAUUUGUAUUUGCCAAUUCUGCACCUGUAAUCAAUGGGAAGCAAAGAUAUGCCGUUAACGGAGUCUCCUUUGUGAAUCCCGACACUCCUCUGAAGCUUGCUGACCACUUUAAUAUCUCCGGAGUCUUUCAAUUGGAUUCUAUCCCAAGCGUUCCAUCCAAUGGCCCUGCAAAUUUGUCAACUUCAGUUGUGAACACAACUCUCCAUGACUUUAUUGAAAUCGUUUUCCAGAACGAUGAAGAUAACUUGCAAUCUUGGCAUCUGAAUGGUCAUGAUUUCUGGGUUGUUGGCUAUGGUUCUGGGCAAUGGAGUAAUGACAGUAGACAAGCGUAUAAUCUGGUGGAUGCUACAACCCGACACACUGUACAGGUGUUUCAGAAAUCUUGGACAGCAAUAAUGGUAUCCUUGGAUAAUCAAGGAAUGUGGAAUUUGAGAUCGGCUAAAUGGGAAAGACAGUAUUUGGGACAGCAGCUAUAUCUUAGGGUUUUUAGCAACGAACGAAGCCUUCGAAAUGAAUACAACAUUCCUUCUAAUGUUAUGCUCUGUGGUAAAGCCGUUGGAAGCCAUAUUUAAGACUUUCAUUCUAAUUUGAAUCUGUUUAUGGAGUUUCCCUCCCUUU